ACAAAGACAAAGGCGACCAAGUCGCAUCCGAUCGAGAGCUGGGAUGAUGGCUUGUCGCCCAUCUACACACACCUGCACCCGCUGCUACUGCUCGGUUUCUUCUACUACCAGUUCCCCUCGCUGGUCGAGAAGCCCAUCGACACACUCCCACAGACGGCCAUGGGUGUUGCUGCUUUGCAACUGCUAUACCUUUGCAUUUGCAUUCCUGGAAGCAACCAUGCACAAUUACCCCAGCGCGGCAAGAAGAAGGGAAUGAAGACUGGCGGAGACACCGGUUACGGCGCCAAACUGGUCCCUGGCAUCCUUUCCCUCAUCCUUGCCGUCACACUCGGCGCCCCCGUCAUAGCCAUCAUCCUCGUCCUCUUCGGUGCCCCGCUCACCUCGCACCAAGUCCACACCCUGUACUGCGCCCUCCACAUCUCACUACUCGCCGCAUACCCUCUCUUCUACGUCCACGGUGUCGACGCUGCCAAGUGGACCGAAGUAGGCGCAUUGGCUGCCCCCAUUGACGAGGUCUUUGGCGCUACCGUGGGAACGUUGAUUGGCGCUUGGGUGGGCGCCGUGCCCAUUCCUCUGGACUGGGAUCGUGAGUGGCAGAAGUGGCCGACUACCAUUUUGGCUGGUGCUUAUAUGGGCUAUGCGAUUGGCAAGGUUGUGGGUGGUACGCUGCUUAAGGGGUCCAAGAUU